AUGAGAUCCGAAACGACACCGGUGUCUGCGACUCUGCGAAAGAGGGUCUUGAAAGUGCUGUUCAUUUCGCUGCUGCUAGACUUGAUAUCCUUCACCUUCAUCCUUCCGCUGUUUCCCAAACUUAUCGAAUUCUACCGCAACCAUGAGACGGGAGAUCCCAACACCAUCCUUUCCAAGAUUCUCGCUGGGCUCAAUGCAUACAAGAACUCUUUCGCGAAACCUAUCAACUCCCGCUACGACAUAGUCCUGCUCGGCGGCGCACUCGGAUCGCUGUUCUCUCUGUGUCAGGCUAUCGCUUCGCCCUUCAUCGGGACGCUCUCAGACAAAUAUGGCAGGCGCACAGCGCUUCUGUGGUCUAUGGUGGGCAAUAUCUUCAGCGUAGCGCUGUGGGUUGCAGCGACCGAUUUCCGGACGUUCCUUGCCAGUCGCGUUGUGGGAGGCCUGAGCGAGGGCAAUGUGCAGCUUGCAAUGGCUAUUGCGACCGACAUUAGCGACGACAGCCAGAGAGGCGCGACCAUGGCCCUUGUCGGCGUGUGCUUCAGCAUCGCCUUCACGUUCGGCCCGGCGUUAGGCGCAUACCUGUCCACAUUGCAGGUCAUGGACAAGAACCCAUUUGCCAUGGCAGCAGGCUUCUCUUUAUUCCUGAUCAUCUCGGAGACCAUCUACCUGUACACCAGUCUCCCGGAGACGCUGCCUUCGGCGAACAAGGCUCAGAACGGCACAGCAAACGGACAUGACAAAAGCAGUGAAGCACCGAAACCUCGUGUCCGAACGAACUCGCAUUAUCUACUCAACGCGACACAUUUUACUUUUAUCCUCUUCUUCAGCGGCAUGGAAUUCUCGCUCCCGUUUAUGACUUACGAUCUCUUCUCUUAUCAGGCGAAGGACUCUGGUCGAUUACUUGGUUUUAUUGGCCUGGUUGCUUCCCUACUACAAGGGUCGGUAGUGCGGCGGAUGCACCCUCUGAAGGUGGUUCAGAUGGGAGUGGUCAGCUGUACAAUCGCGUUUCUUAUGCUUGGAAGGGUUCAGACACAGGGCGCACUGUAUGGAGCGGCCGCACUUCUUGCGGUAACGAGCGCGACUGUCGUCACUGGUCUCAACAGUCUCUCGUCUUUUGAGGCGAACGCCGAUGAGCGAGGCAAUAAGCUGGGCAAUCAUCGAAGCUUCGGUCAAAUCGGUCGUUCUCUAGGACCUCUCAUCUUCUGCACUUUGUACUGGUGGACGGGCCGCGAAACAGCAUAUGCAACCGGAGCCGCCGGCAUGGUCGGAGUCUGUGCAUUGGUAUUUGGAGGGCUGAAAGUUCCCCCUGGAACGGAAAAUAUCAACAAGAAGGAGAAGAAGACGAUACAGCAAGGACGCAUUCUUCGCUGGAAACCAUGCGCUGCAAUUAAAAAAGAAGAUUCUACUCAAGCAAACAUGGAUGCAACGGCGGCCGCUGCAUCUGUGGCAGCUAUUUCCGGGCUAGCAGCAUACGUCAACGGCAAAUACCACAUUGGACAGGAUCUGAGGGCACUGAGGUUUAAGAAGAGAGCGGCUGGCUACUAUGAGGAACUAGUAAGGACUAAACGGCAAUCCCUGUGGUACUCCUUUGCUCCGCAUGUCCCGGUUUACAGUAACAAUCAAUGUAUCUGGUCCCGCGACAGAACUUACACCUGGCAACAAGUUCACGAUCGCGCCGUCCAAUGGGGAAACUUCUUUUUGUCACAAGGCGUGAAACCUGGAGAUAUGGUCGCUACUUAUAUGAUGAACAGCGCAGACUUCAUGGUCAUCUGGCUCGGUCUCUUUUGUAUCGGGUGUGCACCUGCUCAUCUGAACUACAACCUCAAGGGAGAGGGUUUGGUGCAUUGCCUUAAAGUCGCGGGUGUAAAGAUUGUGCUUGUUGACGAGGAAGAGGGGUGUAUGGAGAGGUUCGAAGGCGUGAGGGCAACAGUGGAAGAGAUGGGUGUAACGGCUUUCAAGGUCGAUGAAGAGUUGACAAGCAAGGUAUAUCAGGGCAGUACUCAAGUGCCAGGUGAUGAGUACAGAGAGAAUGUCGUUGGUACCGAUCCGACAUGCCUCCUGUACACAUCGGGAACGACAGGAUUGCCAAAAGCAGGAAAGUUCAUGGUAAACCGUUAUCACGAACGAGGAAAUCCGCAAAACCUUCCGUUCGACCAAAAAGCAGGACCAGAUGGAGAUCGAUGGUAUUGUUGCAUGCCAUUGUUUCAUGGUACGGGGGGCCUAGCGGUAAUGGGCGCGUUGACCGCUGGAAUGAGCGUGGCAAUAGGACGGAAGUUUUCAGUGAGCACUUUCUGGGAUGAUAUCCACGACUCUCGAUCCACUGUUUUCGUCUAUGUCGGCGAAGCAGCGCGGUAUUUGCUCAUGGCACCACCACAUCCGAGAGAACGAGACCAUCGACUACGCGCCAUGUACGGCAAUGGUAUGCGCCCGGACGUGUGGAACAGGUUCAAGGAGCGGUUCAACGUCCCAGAAGUCAUCGAAUUCUUCAAUUCCACCGAGGGCGUUCUGGCUAUGGUGGUUCAUAGUAAAGGGCCAUUCACAGCGACAACUGUUGCUCAACACGGCGCUAUCAUCAGGCGAGCUCUCAACAACAUCUACGUACCCGUGCCCAUUGACCCGGAAACUGGCGAGCUUCUACGAGACCCUAAAACUGGAUUCGUGAAGCGCAACUCGUACAAUGAAGGUGGAGAGAUCCUAGUCGCGGUACCGAAUGAACAAGCAUUUGCUGGAUAUCACAACAACCCGAAAGCUACAGCUAAAAAAUUCGAAAGGGACGUGUUCCAGAAGGGUGAUUUGUAUUAUCGAUCUGGCGAUGCACUUAGACGGGACGACGAUGGGCGCUGGUACUUCCUCGAUCGACUAGGUGACACCUUCAGGUGGAAGAGCGAAAACGUGUCAACGGCCGAGGUAGCAGAGGUUCUCGGAAAAUAUCCCGGUGUAGGCGAAGCUAUCGUAUAUGGAACCCUAGUCCCUAGGCAUGAUGGUCGCGCGGGCUGCGUAGCCUUACGGCUCGCUGAUGGCGUUAGUCCCGACACAUUUGAUUGGAAAGCUUUGCUGGAUUACUCCAGAAGCAAACUACCGAGAUACGCGGUACCGCUAUUCUUACGUCUAGUGAAGGAAGCGAGCAACACAGACAACCAGAAGCAGAACAAGGCGCCUUUGCGUGAAGAAGGCAUGGAGAUCGAUAAGUUUGGCACCAAGGUUGUGGGAGGUGGUAAUGAUGUAGUCAUGUGGAUGAAACCAGGCGAGAAUCGGUACGUCCGGUUUACCAUGGCAGAUCUCGAGGCCUUGAGGGCUGGUAAAACUUUGCUGUAG